ACUGGAUCUACGUGCUCAGCCUCAGCACGGACCAGUUUCCGCAAAGCGGGGGCACAAUUUUAAUAUAGGCAAAGGAGUCCUGCACGGCAUGUGAACGACGUUUGUGUGUUUGAGAGAGAGAGAGAGAGAGAGAGAGAGAGCGAGCGAGAGAGACGUGGAGAGAGCGAGAGAGGGGUGUGGCAUCGGACAAACAAGGAAGUCAGUGUCAUGGAGCUUGUCGGUCACACCCCAACUGGUUCAGCAGGUGGAGCCAUGAACAGGUUGAAUGACCACUAUUCUCCAGCCGCAGGUUGUCGCCGGAGCAGCUCGGAAGGACGUGGGGCAACGAGGCAGGCAGCGUAAUGACUGAUCAGCGAGAGGCACUCAAGAGGAGCUCCGCCAUCAAAUCAAACCAGUAAAUCCCAAGUUCUUGCCAAGUUCUUGCCCUCCCUCCCCGACCCUCAGCAGGGUCUUCGCUUCAGCCAAGAUGAAGAGCGCUCCCGUUGUGGGAUUUCUGAGUGUGAGCGUGAUGCUCCUGGCGAUAUUCCAGGCUGUGCGGCAGGAGGUGAGCCUGCGCAGUCUGAAAACGCGCAUGGCGGAGGGCUCCCUCGAGGUUAAGAGGAGAGAGGAGGCCAUUGUCCAACUGAAGGCAAAGGUCGAGGGACUGAACAAAGAGCUGCCCCCCUUCAACACCAAGAAGAGCGAGUUGCUGAGGAAGAAGGGGGACUUUUCAAAAUCCAUGGGCGAGUCGGACAAGAACCUGGAGACCUGUAAGACAGAGAAGACAGAGACUGAAAAAAAGAAGAGCUCCCAAACAGAGGCUAUAGCCAAACUCAAAGCUGAUCACGAAGAAGCGAAGAAGAAAGCCCAGGAGGAGAUCCAGGGCCUGAAACAGCAGAUUCUGGACAGGGACAAGGCCAUUUGUACCUUUGUGAAUGCAACAAACGAGGAAGGACGAAAGCUGUGUGGGCUUGCCGAAACUCCCAAAUGACACCGAUUGAAAACUAUUCACCGGUUGAUGUGACCUCGUAGAAGAGGAGCAAGAUGUGCACUGAGAUGAAUGAUUGCGUUUUGUUUUUUUUCCCCUCUCCCAAAUAACUGUCUCUAGACAGAUGAACAGUCUCUCCUAUGACCGCCAGUGGGAUUACUCUUCUUCCUGUCACAUCAGUACCUGUUUUGUUUCUCAGUGGAAAGUAAAAUGUAUGUUAAUGAAACUUCAUUCUGUCCCAGACUUCCUGUAUAAGUUCCUAACUGCUGCCACAUAAUAAGUGACCUGCUUGGCAUAGAAGUAGCACAGUUAAUCUCAAAGGUCAGUUCUUCUGGCUGAACCGGCGAACUGACUUUCUGUUAAAUUAUAACUGAGACUCCCAGAGGCAGUAUAACCAGGAGAAAAUGCGUGAUUGACUCGAUUGCGAGUUAAUCAUCAAUUGAACUAAAGAAAAUUACAUUAGAACAUUUUGACUAAUAAGAAUAGGCGAGGACAGAUACCCGUUUAAUCUUUGAGCUCUUUUUUUCUUCUUCUUUACUAGUAGGACUUAGUAGUUCACGUAAGCAAAACUUGUUUAUGCAUUGUCAAGGCUGCACUUGUGGAAGGUAAACUACUUUUUAUUAUUUGCAAUAUGAAAACAAGUUAGAUGAAUAAAACAUUUGCUUAAAAUAACUAUUUUUGGACAGUGUUUGCUGACGGGCAAAUUGACAUUUCUUAGUAUUCCACAUUGGCAAAACAGAGUGCGAAGUACCCAUUGUUAACAGCACAAUAUGCAAAGCUUUCCUGGCAUCAGGUGUAUGUUCUCUGUAUGGUCAAGCCUUGGCUGUUGAGCUGUCUGAGGUAUUGUUCCAGCUCCUGAUUCAAAAGAGCCUGCAGUGCUGCUCUGUGUACCUGCAGGAAACCACAAAUACCACACACAGUACAUCUGACUGCACCGGAUUACAGAGUACUAUCUUCCAUCAGCAGAGGUCUGGUUUUGCUUGAUUGUAUCGCUCAUGACUAAAACAAAAUGGUGUUGGCAAGGCCUUGUACUUUACUUCUUUUUUUUGAAAGGGAAAAACUGUUUAGCCCUUAGGGGCAAUGAUUAAACGUUAAAACCAAGCAAU